CUUCUGUAAUAAAUACCUUGAUUGUGGGAAUCGUCUCGUAAGCCUUGAUAUCGACACUUCAAAAUCCAUGCCAUUAUCACAAAAUGGCUGCAGCACCAGCGCCUCUCUCGAUCAGAUACGCCGCCGAAUCCGACCUCCCUUCCCUUGGACACCUUGAGAUUGUUGCAUUCCCAACUUCCAAAUAUCUUUCCAACACUUUUCCCAAUGCCGACCCGCAGGUACUGCAGAACCUCAAGUCAGUUCUGCUAGGCGGGUCACUGCCAAACCCAGAGGUCCACGCCCUCGUAGCCGUGGAUCCCAGUACGGAUCAGACCGUAGCAUAUUGCCGCUGGACAAUACCCACGGCGUACGGAUAUGGAGACGCACCUCGAGCUGAGAUAUCCUGUCAGGCCGCCGCAAGAGCGGCAAAGGCGCUGGAAUACGCCCCUGAGUCUACGAAUAAGGAGAUCUAUGACAUGUUUGCAUCGCUUCUUAAGGCGAAGCAGAAAGUGCACACCCGAGAGGAUGAUAUGAUCCUUAACAUGCUUUGCGUGUUACCGGAAUACCAAGGAAGAGGGAUUGGGAAACAAUUUUUGAAGUGGGGAAUGGCAAAAGCGGAUGCAAAGGGGGCGAGGAUUUAUCUUGAAUCUACCCCAGCGGGGUAUCCGGUGUAUCAGAAAUACGGAUGGGAAGCCGUUGAGGAAUGUGUCAUUAACUAUGUGCCAUUUGGGGGCGAGGGAACGCAGACGUUUGUCUUCAUGAUGAGAAACCCACGGACUCCGAACCCUGCCCCGUAAACUGCUUCGAGGUUCUGGUGUACUAAAUGACAAGACAAGUGUGUGAGAAUAGAAUAGGUGUAAUAUUAAUGGAUGUAUGCGAGUAGUGUUGACCCCGAUAAUUUAUUAAUCUGAUUCUUUCCUAGCUGAUUUAG